AUGUCUGAUGGGAAAGCGUCAACAAGCUCCGAAGUCGACUUUGUCGUCGUUGGUUCUGGUCUUGGCGGCCUCAGUGCCGGUGCGCUACUGGCAAAGUACGGGUACGACGUCACUGUCUGCGAGUCCCACUAUCAUCCUGGAGGGUGUGCGCAUGGCUUCGAGAUCAAGGACAAGAACUCGGACGACAUCUUCAAGUUCGAUGCUGGGCCGUCCCUGUGGGCCGGCAUGUCUGAGCCUUCAACGAACCCGCUUCGGCAGGUGAUGGAUGCUGUUGGGGCACAGGUAGAGUGGAAGAAGUACGACGGGUGGGGAGUGUACUUCCCCGAUGGGUACUUCCGGUUCAACGUUGGGCCUUCCGAUCAGGCUGGAGGCUUCGAGGACGUGAUAAGAAAGUUUGGAGGGCCCGGUGGAAGCAUCCAGGAAUGGAAGAAACUACAAGAGAUUAUCAAACCUCUGAUCCUCGCUUGUACCACUUUCCCUCCGAUGGCCCUCCGAGCCGACCUUGGCGUGCUCAAGACGCUGUCCAAGUACCUUCCUACAUUCCUCUCCUUUGGACCAGCCGCGGCAACGAUCAACGGGCCCUUCUCGGCAGUGAUGAAACAGGCGGGGAUUAGGGAGGGGACCUUUCUUUGGCGAUGGCUGGACUACCUCUCCUUCGCUCUCAGUGGGCUCCUGGCGGACGGGACCAUCUGUGCUGCUGUCUCCUACACCCUGGGGGAUCUGCACAGGAAGGGAUCACUGCUGGACUAUCCUGUGGGAGGAAGCGGCGCAGUUUGUGAGGCCCUUGUCCAGGCGAUGGAGAGGAAUGGAGGAAAGCUCCUGCUCAAGACUCCCGUGCAGGAGAUCCUGAUCAAGGAUGGCCGAGCGGCGGGGGUGAUCACCAAGGGGGGGGACACCAUCCUCGCUCGCAAGGGCGUGAUCAGCAACGUGCCGGUCUGGUCGCUCCCCAAGCUGCUGCCCGACGAGUACUCGACCUUCUCCUUCGGGGGCCUGUGGCAGGAGAACCACAACACCAGGGGUCUCAAGGAGGAUUUGAAGAAGACGCCGCAGACAGAGAGCUUCAUGCACCUCCACCUAGGUACUCCCGACCUCGACAUCCACUACACGGUGAUCAACGAGUGGGAGAGCGGCAUCGACGCCCCCGGCAACAUGAUUGUUAUCUCCAUCCCCACCGUCCUUGAUCCUUCCCUCGCCCCUCCAGGCAAGCACGUCGUCCACGCCUACACCGCCGGCAACGAGCCCUACGACCUGUUCGAGGGGAUGGACCGGAACUCGGACAAAUACAAGCAGCUCAAGAAGGAGCGAGCGGAAGUCCUGUACAAGGCUGUCGAGAAGGUCAUCCCAGACCUCAGGGACAGGAUCCAGGUCGAGCUCGUCGGUUCUCCCCUCACGCACGAAAGGUAUCUCAGGAGGCCCCAGGGCACCUACGGCCCGGCAUGGCGAGCAGGCAAGAACUUGUUCCCCGGGCCCGGGCUUGCCAAGGUACCUGGCCUCCUCUGCUGCGGCGACAGCGUGUUCCCGGGGAUCGGAGUCCCUGCUGUGGCGGCGUCGGGGCUAACGGCAGCGAACAGCAUGGUGUCGGUAGGGGAGCACGUGGAGCUCUUCCUGAGGGGUGGGUGGUAA